AUGCGCCUCCCGCCCGCAAUACUCUACGGCACGGCGUGGAAGAAGGACACAACAGCGGGACUCGUGUACACGGCUUUGAAGACCGGGUUCCGGGGGAUCGACACGGCGUGCCAGCCCAAACAUUACCGCGAGGAUCUCGUCGGCGAGGGGCUGGCGAAGGCAAUUGACGAGGGGAUCGUGAAGCGGGAGGAUGUUUGGUUGCAGACGAAAUUCACCUCAAUCGACGGGCAGGAUCGGUCACAGCCUCUGCCGUAUGAUCCAAACAUGCCAGUCGAGGAACAAGUGAAGCAGAGCGUGGCCAAGUCACUGCAAAACCUCCGCGUGCAGAAGAUAGACAGCAUCCUGCUGCACUCGCCGAUGCGGCGGCGUGAUGACACGCUCUCAGCCCUCCGCACCCUGGCCACUUUCGUGGAGAACGGCACCAUCGGCCAAUACGGCAUCUCCAACAUCUACGACGCGAAUUACCUCCAAUCCCUCCUCGACGCUGGGUGCGACAUCAAAACGGUGCAGAACAGGUGGUACGAGGGAAACGGGUGGGACUGGGAUGGUAAGUGCGUCGGGGACCGCACCCGCCAGGGGUGCGGUGCCGACCCAUCAUACUCUAUCGAUGGUCGCAGCAAAGUAGAAGGGAGAUUUGAGCUGACCUCAGUGCUUGACCUGUGCAAGAAGAAGGGCAUAGAGUACCAGUCCUUCUGGACGCUGACUGGUUCCCCGUCCCUGCUCCGAUUCCCCGCGCUCGUGCAGCUGGCGAGGGAUAACGGCCUCACGCCCCAGCAGGCGAUAUACCGCUGUGCCAUUCUCUCUCCAUCUGAGAACCUAGAACUGAGAGCGGGGCCAUGGGCCAGCCAGUCAAGGCAGUCAAGGCAGUCGGGCCUUCGGCCCUUCGGCCCAGGACUAGUCCGAGUCCUCGCCGAGGUUCGCAAUCCCAUUCCGAAUCCCGACCUUGCCCCUGCGCGCGCGGCGCGCCUUGUCGUCCGUGUGCCGCUCGUCGUCGCUCUCCUCGUCCGAGUCGACCGCCUUCCUCUCCCCGACGAGGGACGCGAGCGUGAUUGGGCCGGAGUGGAGAACGCCUGGUGUUAG